AUGGCUUACCAUGAAGCUGCCAAGCCCACCCCAUCCCGCCCAUCGAGGCGGGCGGCGGGCACUGCGGCGGGCCAAUCCCUCUAUCGAGGUCGUGGGAAUCCCACUAUCCGCGACGCUAUCCCACUAUGGAGGCUCCAUCCCACUAUCGAUGCUCUAUCCCACUAUCCAGUAUUUCAGGUACCAAUCCCAUCAACACUAAACUCGUCGUUACUCGCCCUUUUGGCCGGCUGCAACGAGAGGCAGACCGGAUAUCAGCAUCCAGAGGAACCCAGAGCUUCUUUGGAAGUUGUUUGCUUUCUUUUUGGAAGAUGGGUCGCUUCGCAGCAAGCAGACAACUUGAAGCUGGAGAGAGCCUGGAAGGACACCCGGAAAGCUUUGAAAAAGAACAAGCACUACUGGAUUCUUCUCGAAGCAGAAGUUGAUGCCAAGAUGCGCGAGGAGGAGGAGGUAGUGGGUAGCUAGCAGCAAAGCUGGGUGGUGGUUAGCAACAGAGCUGGGGCGGCGAACAUUCUCCCUUGUGAUCAACUAUACUCGUAGUCUCGGCAAACCAAAGUACGAUUCAUUGAAGAUAAAUACAACACAGCGAUACAAUAUAGAACCUUGCAAGUUCGCAACCGCGACGCUCUGGAUUCAUACGAUAGACAAUGAACCACUGAUGUUCAUCACACGCCGAUUCUUGGAGGGAUGACCG